CGCUCUAAGGUGAUACAGUGGUUGGCUUCUUCUGUUUUUACAUACUCCUGACUUUUGUUUCUGAGGAACUUGUGGGACCUUCGAGACCUCGCAAGAAGCCCUUCCUAGAAGGGAAAACAGCCGCUGGCGUGUUGCCUACUUCUAGCCUCGUUUGUUCUCGCCGUGGAGUCUUGAUGUUUUUAAUUUGAUUACAGCAGUAAAUCACCGCACCUGGUGGAGGGGAGGUGGGGAAAAAGUCUCACAACAUCAUAAAAAAAACUCUACUCGCCCGUCUGGCUCAAACAUCGCGAGAUCUGCCUGCGCGAACAGCAACCCCCUCCAACUCUGUGCGGUUGCGCAUGCGCCUGACUAAUCUUUUUUUUUUUUUUUUUUUUUAAAGCGGGAAAACGUUUCGAAACUUUUUGCUGGAUAACAGUCAAGGUAGUUUGACCCUCGAGAAAGGUCGGAGGAUAAUUCACGUUGACGCGAUGGAUUCAAGUACACAACACUACAUUCUUCGAGAUUUUGCAGUCAUUACUGCACACGCUUGUAUGGUCGUCCCUCUUUUCCGUUACUGUGUGUCUACCGUGAAUUCUCUGAGGAGAAUUCAGCGAAUCGAGUAGUAAAGGAGUGGACAUAGGAGAGCCGUUCAGGCUUUAAAAACAACAGAGUGAUGGGCUUUAUGUGUUUGGAAAGAUAACCCUGGGAGCGACAGAAGGAAUAAAUCUUUAAGGACCGUGAAAAAAAAAAGUAAGGAUACAUGGGACACCUGCACGAGCAUUCAGUUUCUUCCUGCAGUGUCUGAAAGGUACUACCCACACCUGAAGUGUCCUCACCCUGUGGGUCCCUUCAGCCACAUCUCAGGCAGGAUGCAGUGUGGAUUUCAUGGAGUGGAAUGGUGGAACUGAGCUAUCAAGACACCAGCUUGUUACAAAAGUACAUACUUUCUGCUUUUAGCCUCCCAGAGUCACUUGGUAUGAGAGUCCAUCUUGAUAUUAGCAGCAAUCUCUAGUCAACUUUUGAUUUUGAGUAUAUUUUGAUUUUUUAUGUACUGUCUGGAGUACAAGGCAGAGGAACAAUGCAAUUUUAGUUGACCAGCAAAGGAAUUGCUUGUAGGAAGCAGGCUGUGAGCCAAGGGGAAGGCAGAGGACAGAUAUGACUGUGUUCCCAAGCUUCUGUGGUGGUUUAUGGCAUCCUCCAAACUCCUCUGCAAGGGCUGAUCCUGACCACGAAGACCCAAGGAGACCGUCUCUGAAAUCAAGUCCAGAUGAAGAACUAAGAGGGGAAAAAUGAAUAUGGUUUUUGCUCACAGAAUGGAUAACAGCAAGCCACCUUUGGUUGUUCCUACACUGCUGGUGCCUCUUCACAACCACAGCUGCGCAGAGACGGCCGCCCCUCUGCCAAGCCAAGACCUGACGGAGCUCUCCCCAGAGCACAGCUGGAGGAGCAACAGGACAGAUCCACAGUAUGGACCGAACCCUGGCGAAGUGGCCACAGCCAGCAUCUUCUUCGGGGCCCUGUGGUUGUUUUCUAUCUUUGGCAAUUCCCUGGUGUGUCUGGUCAUCCACCGCAGCAGGAGGACUCAGUCCACCACCAAUUACUUUGUGGUCUCCCUGGCAUGCGCUGACCUUCUGGUCAGCGUGGCCAGCACGCCUUUUGUCCUGCUGCAGUUCUCCACCGGCCGCUGGACCCUGGGCAGUGCCGUGUGCAGGGCCGUGCGCUACUUUCAGUAUCUCACCCCGGGUGUCCAGAUCUACGUGCUCCUGUCCAUCUGCAUAGACCGGUUCUACACCAUCGUCUACCCACUGAGCUUCAAGGUGUCCAGAGAGAAAGCCAAGAAGAUGAUCGCCGCAUCCUGGAUCUUCGAGGCGACCUUUGUGACCCCUGUGUUGUUCUUCUAUGGCUCCAGCUGGGACAACCACUGCAACUAUUUCCUUCCCUCCUCUUGGGAGGGAACCGCCUAUACUGUCAUCCAUUUCUUGGUGAGCUUUGUGAUCCCGUGCACCCUCAUAAUCUUAUUUUACCAGAAGGUCAUAAAAUACAUUUGGAGAAUCGGCACUGAUGGCCGAACAGUGAGGCGGACCAUGAACAUUGUCCCAAGGACAAAAGUGAAAACAAUCAAGAUGUUCCUCAUUUUAAAUUUGCUAUUUUUGCUCUCCUGGCUGCCUUUUCAUGUCGCUCAGCUGUGGCACCCCCAUGAACGAGACUAUAAGAAAAGUUCCCUUGUGUUCACUGCUAUCACGUGGAUAUCCUUUAGUUCCUCAGCCUCUAAACCUACUCUGUAUUCCAUUUAUAAUGCCAAUUUUAGGAGAGGCAUGAAAGAGACUUUCUGCAUGUCCUCGAUGAAAUGUUACCGAAGCAACGCCUAUACUAUCACAACCAGUUCAAGGAUGGCCAAAAAAAACUAUGUCGGCAUCUCAGAAAUCCCUCCAUCGGCCAAAACUAUAACCAAAGACUCAAUCUAUGAUUCGUUUGACAGGGAAGCCAAGGAAAAAAAGCUUGCUUGGCCCAUUAAUUCAAAUCCGCCAAAUACUUUUGUCUGAUUUCUCAGAAUUCUUUCAAUUAUUAUUAUGCACCAGAGGCUAAAAGUUUAACUAUAAAAACAAGCUAUUUAUGUAUUUUUUCAAUCAAUUUUCUGAUGGAAAUGUUUUAUUAUGUAGAAUGCACUCACUAUUGAUUUUAGUUUUUGUCUUUUUUAAUUUAGCUGCUUUCUGUUUUACAGGUAGCUUUUCACCUUGAGCUUAUUUAUGGUCAACAGUCCCUUUACUAUUUUAGUUAUGUGCAUUAAAAAAAAAAAAAAGAAUGCUUUCUGACUUUUUAUUUACUAUUAGGUCCAAAAAGCAUAAACAGUCUUUGAUUGAUGAUUCAACCUGAUUUUAUUGUUUCCUUUUUCUCCUCCCUACUGAAUUUUUAUUAACUAUAGGCUUCUGUUCCAAAUCAAAUCUCCUGUGUGACACAUUUCAGAGACUUGUAUUUCUUCUACUGAGCAACAUUUAGGAAGUGUUAAUAUUUUAUAUGUUUUUAUAUUACCUUCUGUCCAGAUCUGUUAUGGAGAGCACUCCAUAUGUUAGAAUAUACUAGAACUUGCCCGGGUAGCCUUCUGUGAUUGAAUUUUAAUGAAGAUGCUUAGGGAAAGAAAGCUUAUUGGUUGGCCUAAUUUCUGUCUCUUUCUGUCUCUCAUUCUCAUUCUGUCUUAAAACCAGCUGAUGAUGCCUUGCAGCAUUUGAAGUUGCCGUGCUGUUUUCCUCACAUCCAGGCCCAUCUAGGCUGUGUCUAGGAUGCUUACCUCCCUUCUGAGUCAAAUUCAAGCAAUGUGCAGGGAACCUGGCUGGGAAAGCCCAGAAAAUGCCAAUGGGAGUCACGCAGAUGCCUUUUCUCUGCGAUCUGCCACUCAGGCAGACACCUUCCGCUGCCUGGCGCUGCCCCCAGACUCUGGGACAGCAAGGGCAAGGAGCAGGUUCUUCUUUCUCCUGAGCAUGUAGACAUGAGGCCAUUUCUCCAGCCAGUGCUUCCUGCCCCUCAUCUCUCUCUCAGGACCCAUGAUCAUACCCUCGCCAAGCUCACAGUCCUCUUUGGCCAAGGUAACUCAAGAUUUUCUUCUGGUUGCCGGGUCUUCCAUUAUUUCAAACCCAGGAUGAGCACAUUUAAAAAAUGCUUUGUUUAAACAAUAACAGGUUUACAGACAAGAUUGGUGUGCAUUUUCACACCCUAGUGAACAAGAAUUGCAAAUAAUAAUAUCAGUAGUUCAGCAACUUUACCUGCAUUGUCUCAUGUCAUCCUCUUAAAAAAGCCUGUGAUGUUCUUAUGACCAUCUCUGUUUUAUAGGUGAGGAAAUCGGACCUCAGCGUUAUGGGACUUGCUUAAGUCAGAGUGUGGCUGAACUGGUUUUCACACUCAAUCCCCUAGCUGCAGGUCUGUGGCUCUUUCCUUGACAUGACAGGUGUCUCUCGAGGGAACACUUGAGCAGUCAAGCCGAUCCAGACCUCUGUGGGCCUAACAGCUGCUGCCUGGGUGAGAAUCUGAGGUCUAGGAGAGCAUGAUGUUCUUAACAGGAGAGCCGAGAAAUUUGGUGAGCUGGCCCCCACCUUUUCCUUGGCUGUGGCUGGGUUCCUGGGCUCCUGGUGCUGAACAUCUGAGAUUGGAAACAAACUGGUAUUUCCUGUCUCACAGACACAGGGAAACAAGACACAAUUGGGCUUGGUUUUGGGGGGCAAAGAAUGAGAACAAUAAAAUAUUCUAUCCACAAAACAUUAUAGAGCUGAUGUGUUCAGGUGGAGGUGCUGCCUUCAAUCAACCAGGUCAAAAGAUAAAAAGAAUACCUUGUAUUUUUUCUUCCUUUUCUUUCUUCUCCACAUAUGAUACUCAAAAAUGACAAAGUG